UUGUAGAGGGUGGGUGGGAGGAGAAACUACACUACCCAGAGUGCCCCGCGCGUCCUGUGACAGUGACGCCAACCUCUGCGGCGCAGUUUCCGGGCUGAGGGUCUCGGUCUCCGUGACGCAGCUCGGCUGGUGACUUGCGAGAUGGAGGCCGUACCGAGGAUGCCCAUGAUCUGGCUGGAUCUGAAGGAGGCCGGAGAGUUUGCCUUCCACCCGGCUGUUAGACAGUUUGUUCUGAAGAAUUAUGGAGAAAACCCAGAGAACUAUAAUGAAGAGCUUAAGAAACUGGAGCAGUUACGCCAGAGUGCAGUUAAUGUGCCGCGGGACUUUGAGGGAUGCAGCAUGUUACGCAAGUACUUUGGUCAGCUCCAUUACCUGCAGAGUCGUGUCCCCAUGGGAUCUGAGCAAGAGGCAUCUGUCCCUGUGACAUGGACAGAAAUAUUCUCUGGGAAAACAGUGACUCAUGAAGACAUAAAGUAUGAGCAGGCGUGUGUGCUGUACAACCUGGGUGCAUUACACUCCAUGCUGGGAGCUAUGGACAAGAGAGUGUCAGAAGAGGGCAUGAAGGUCUCGUGUACUCACUUCCAGUGUGCGGCCGGGGCUUUCACUUACCUGCGGGAUCACUUUGCUCACUCUUACAGCGUUGAUAUGAGCCACCAGAUCCUCAACCUCAAUAUAAACCUCAUGUUGGGCCAGGCCCAGGAAUGUCUCUUGGAAAAGUCCAUGCUGGAUAACCGGAAAAGUUUCCUGGUGGCACGAAUCAGUGCCCAGGUUGUGGAUUACUACAAGGAAGCCUGUCGGGCCCUUGAGAACUCAGAGACGGCAUCACUACUGGGCAAGAUUCAGAAAGACUGGAAGAAACUGGUGCAGAUGAAGAUUUACUACUUUGCAUCUAUAGCUCAUCUGCACAUGGGGAAACAGGCUGAGGAGCAGCAAAAGUAUGGAGAACAGGUCGCCUAUUUACAGAGUGCGGUAGAUAAACUGAAUGAGGCCAUCAAGCAGUCUAAGGGUCAACCAUCAACUGUACAAGAAGCCCUGAGGUUUGCCAUGGAUGUCAUAGGGGGAAAGUUCAAUUCUGCUAAAAAGGACAAUGAUUUUAUUUAUCAUGAAUCAGUACCGGCACUGGACACCCUGCAAGGAGUGAAAGGGGCUCCCUUGGUAAAGGCUCUUCCAGUGAACCCCACCGACCCUGCUGUCACAGGACCAGAUAUUUUCUCCAAGCUGGUACCAAUGGCAGCUCACGAGGCCUCCUCCUUGUACAGUGAAGAAAAAGCAAAGCUGCUGAGGGAAGUCAUGUCCCAGAUAGAAGCCAAGAACGAAAUCCUGGACCAGUUUACAGAUUCUCUCCAGCUGGACCCAGACAAAGUGGAUAAUCUGGAUAUGUACAGUCACAUCCCGUCUGCCUUAAUGGAGAAAUGUGCAGCGCUCAGUGUGAGGCCUGAUACAGUCAAGAGCUUGGUCCAGUCCAUGCAAGUACUUUCUGGGGUGUACACCGAUGUAGAGGCUUCUCUGAACGACAUUAAAGAGCUUCUGGAUGAGCACGAGAUUCAGGAGAAGAAACUGCUUGAAGAGGUGGGGAAGCAGCCACCUCCUACUGUCCCUCUGUCUCCUUCUAUUGAGGAAGUGAGCAAAGAAUUGGGCAAAUACAUGGAGGUACAUGAGAAGGCCAGUUUUACUAACACUGAGCUGCACAAGGCCAUGAACCUGCAUAUCAGCAACCUGCGGCUUCUCAGUGGGUCUCUGGAUCAGCUCCAGCAAGCACUACCUGCCCCCAUCCUGACAGAAGAUGACAAGGCCGUGUUGCAGAACCUCAAGAAGAUCCUGAAUAAGGUGCAGGAGAUGAGAGAGCAGCGACAUUCAUUGGAGCAACAACUCCGAGACACCAUCCAAAAGGAUGACCUUACCACCUCGUUGGUUACCACGGACCGCUCAGAAAUGAAGAAACUCUUUGCUGAGCAUUUAAAGAAAUAUGACCAGCUGAAAGUCUAUAUUGAGCAGAACCUGUCUGCCCAGGAGAACAUCCUGAAGGCCCUGACUGAAGCCAACGUCAAGUAUGCGCCAGUAAGGAAGAUCAUCAGUGAGGCCGAGCAGAAGUGGAACCACACCGAGCAGACGCUGAUCUCCUCCUACGAAGCAUAUGAAGACCUGAUAAAAAAGUCCCAAGAAGGGAAGGAUUUUUACGCUGACCUGGAAAACAAAGUGGCCAAACUCGUGGAGAAAUCGAGAGCGGCCUUUGAUGCUGCCCAAGCCAACAGACAGCAGGUGCUGGAUCGGGAAAUAAAGAAAAGACCUCCACCACGACCGACUGCUCCUAAGCCCGCUCUGCAGAAGAAAACCUCAGAUGUUGACCUUGACAGCCUUCCCCUGUCUGACUUUCCCAACCUGCAGCACUCGCUCUUCUAUUCUGAUCUACCCGAGGAGCUGAAGAGUCUGCCCCCAGAGGCCCUUCUUGCCCAACUGGACAGGUUGUCUGCAGAUACACUUGAUGCAUUUCCUUUGGACCCAGCGUAUGGUGGCGCAAAGCCUCCUGGAGUGAAUGCCUACAGAACCAGUAGGACUGCCAGUGCUCCUGUGGCUGAUCCACAUGCAGUGCCUUUCAACCACAACCCCCACUUUAAUCCCAUGCCAGGACACGCGCCACAGUAUGGAGGAGUUGGGUUCCCAGCUAACGCUUUCCCUCCUGUUAUGUACAACGGUAACCCUCAGCUGAGCUCUGGAUCAGCUGUACCCCCACAGUUCAAACGGUCCGCUCCUCCCCGGGCAAAUGCUCCCCCCCAAGCACCAGUGUCAUUGUCAUCCCCACAGAAUCCGUAUACUGCAGCAGCUAUGGGCAGAGUCCAUGUACAGCCUAACCCAGAAACUGUUCCCAUACCCCAUGGUUAUGCCCCUGCUGCCAUGCCACAGCCAAGAAGCUCCCCACAGCAUGUGCCCAUGCCAGCUACAGCAGCUGUCGCGCCUCCGUAUAAAUCUAACACUGGCGUGGGUUUUGGAUUUGGGCAGCAAGUCUCAUCCUCAGGAGUUUUACCCAGUACAGUAAACUAUUCAGUGGCAGGUUAUGCUCCUCAAGGUAGCCCUCAGCUCCACAGUACAGCCCCUGUAAGUGGCUUGCAACCACAAAGUGCACUGGGCAGCCGCCCAGCAACCACCACUGUGGACAGUAUUCAAGGUCCUAUUUCAAGCUACACAACUCCUAGGCUGCCGGGGCCAAACCAAGCACCUCAGCACAACCAGACUAUAACUCCAACUUUGCCACCUAUUCACCCUCAGAGUGUUUAUAUGGCUCCUCCUGUACACCCAGGAAUGGGUCAGCCUGCUCCAUAUGCCUGUCCUCAAUAUGCUCAGCCAUCUCGACCCAUUAUACCACAAGCCCAGCCUCCACAAAUGUUUCAUGGCCCGGGACAGACUCAACACAGACUAGAUUCAGCAAGGCCUCCAUCUGUACCUAAUCAACAGCAGUAUGCCCCUCCUCCACAGCCUCCAUUUGCUGCUCAAAUGAGACCACCUCUUCAGCACCCUCAUCCUCCUAUUUAUCAGCCUCAAGGACAGCCUCCUGUUGUGCCUCAGGUACCAGCUCAGCAGCAUUUUCAUCAGAGCCAUUUUCCAGUGCAACAAGGGAUCCUUCCCCUUCACCCUGGUGCUCAACCCCAUAUCCCACCACAACUAGGGCCUCAAUGUUUCCCUGUUGCUCCUCAUGACAAGCUGCCUCCGCAGGUCCUUCAACCACAUUCUGCUGGUUUGAACUUUCCUGGAACAGUUCCCAGAUCUGCAGCCCCAACAGUACAAGCCAUCCCUCCUCAUAUGGGUCAGGCAGCACCUCAAAUCCACCCUCAUCCUGCUGCAGUAAGCAUGCAUUCAACACCUCCUGGCCUCAUUGCACCAAUGACAUCAACUGUACCCUUUGUUCCUCCAGCAAGACCCACUGUUCCUCCUCCAAAUAGCUUAGCCAAUCAGAUGCCUGCUUUAAACCAAAUGCCUAUGGGUGGAUCUCAAACUACUCCUGUCAUCCCCCACCACACACAACGUCCCAGUAGCCCAGCCAUGAGCAACUUACCAGGAGCAGUAAUUGUUCCGGGAGCUGCAGCUAUCCCAUCUCCAGCACCCUCUCCUCAGCCUUCUUUAGUUAUGCAGUCUCAACCAAGCCUUCCCACUUCUGGGCCAGCCACUACUGCUAUUCCGCAAAGACCACCUCCUUCACUAACACCAGGAUCUACACCCUUAAACCAAGGGUCUGGUGAUGUUGUGUUCCAGAGGCAAAGCUCCUCAACAGAUGACCUUUUGUCUUCAAGUCCUGAGAGCCAACAUGGUGGUUCCAAGACCUCAGUUGGUCAGCCAUUGUUGCAGCCCACCAAAGCAGAUUUAAAGGAAGGGCAGAAACCGAAGGCAAUUCAGCUGAUUGAAAACGACCCAUACGAGAAGCCAGAACAUGUGAUGAGGCUGCUGUCUGAGCUUGACCGCUUCCGAGUUGUUGUUGAAGCUUUAGAUAAACCUGUGCCCGGUGCAUCAACCCAACUGGAUUCCAUGUGGAAGGAAUUUCAGGAUGCUCAAGAGAAGGAGGCUAGACAGCAAUCUAUUGCAAUUGCACGCUGCUACACCAUGAAAAACCGCCAUCAGGACAUCAUGCCUUAUGAUAAGAACCGCAUUAUUCUGCAGUCAGGGAAGGAUGAUUACAUAAAUGCCAGUAAAAUUGAAGAUCUGUCUUCCUACUGCCCAACCAUUAUUGCCACCCAGGCUCCACUAGUAGGCACUGCUUCAGAUUUCUGGCUGAUGAUCCAUGAGCAGAAGGUCUCCUUGAUCGUUAUGUUGGUUUCUGAGCAGGAGGUUUUGAAGCAAAAGGUUCUGCGGUACUUUCCUUUGGAGAGAGGCCAACCCAUGGUGCACGGGCAUAUAACCCUAACACUCACCAGCCAAAAAGUCACAGACAUACAUGUGGAGAGGGUGCUGUCCCUGCAAUACAAGGACCAGAGCCUCAAGCGAUCCAUCAUUCACCUGCAGUUCACUUCAUGGCCUGAACUGGGUCUCCCAGACAGUAAAAACAAUUUGCUGAGAUUCAUACAGGAGGUGCACAGCCACUAUCUGCACCAGCGCCCUCUACAUACACCCAUAGUUGUUCACUGCAGUUCUGGUGUGGGAAGGACGGGAGCCUUUUGCCUCAUGUACGCAGCAAUGCAAGAGGUGGAAGCCGGCAAUGGAAUCCCAGAUCUAGCAGAACUUGUGAAGAAGAUGAGGCAGCAGAGGAAAUACAUGCUGCAGGAGAAGAUACACCUGAAGUUCUGCUAUGAAGCUGUGCUAAAGCAUGCCGAGCAGGUCCUGCAAAGACAUGGCGUCUGCACCCCGUCCUCCAGCAAGCCUCAGCACAGCACCCCACUAAAGCUGUACACUGUGCAGGACCCGCAGGACAUUGUACUGGGGGGAGACAUGCCUAUCAGCUCCAUUCAGGCUACUAUCGCAAAGCUGAGCAUCAAACCCUGCCCUGGUGGCACAGAGAAUACAAGUUCUUAUCAGCUGCAGCCGUCUAUAGAUCCCUGGGGAAAUGAGCCAACAACUAGUAACGUGCUGCAGCCUGACGUUCCCUCAGUUACUCCUCAGCCUGACGUUACCCCCGUGGCAGUUAGUAAGGAGUAUCCGCCAUCACAGGCUCUGCCUCCCACUGCUUCUAAUGGUAAUUCUGUCUUCUUAACGGAAAGUGCAAUAGAAGUGUCCAACCAUCUCCCCUUGGUCACAGGCGAGGUGAUGCCCAAAGCAGAGCAGUCCCCCGCUAUUCCCUCCACAUCAGCCUCAUCCUCUUCUCUCAACCUGCUGGCCUCCAUGACCCCUGAAGCCUUCAACCUGGACAGCUCCCAGAAAGGGAAACAAAAGAUGAGCAAGCAAAACUUUUUACAGACGCAAAAUGGAGGAGGUUUGGCACGAGGAAGCACUGCUGCCGACGACCCACUGAGCAUGCUCGACCCUCUCUGGACACUUAAAUAAAUCCCAAUGGGAAGAGGGUUCAGCCGUGGCUUUGCCUUACAUGAAAGUAGGGGCUGUUACCAUUCAUGUGGGGUUCUCUCCUUCCCCUUCAUGUUUGUUGCAUUCCAGCAAAACGCUUGUCCUUGGCUCAGGCCGACCAACCGGUUAGUUGAAGCUUUGGGUAUAUUGCACUUAUCACUUAGAAGCCAACACUAACACCCAUGCCCAUAAGCGAAUGCGUCAAACGUCCCUAGAAGAGUUUUCUUGUCACCCUAUAGACUUAAUAUCUGACUGCCCAUUGGGCAAAAUCAGCUACAGCUUCUCCAUGGAAAGAAUGUUCUACAUGUGCAAGGUGGGGCCCUGCUCUAAUGUAACACAAAUUAAGAUUUUCCCAUUGUUAUUACUGUGAGGGGGGUCACUGCAAGAGCCAGGAAACAACACUAACUGUUCAGUCUUAGCUAAAAUGUAGCACUUGUGUGUCCUUGUACAGUCCUUGUGCUCUGCCCUCACUGACCUGGGGCUUGUUCGUUUUGGGGUGCCUUGUGGGCUGAAUGAGAGUGAUGAUGUGUGACCCUUCCAGGGACCAGUGGUUUGGAUAUGUUGCUUUUUAAGUGUACCUUUAUACCAUUCACAUUUCAGAUUGGGGCUACAUUCAGCAUGGCUGCUGGGAGAGGGAAGGGGGGUGCUGCACCUUUACAUCAUUCAUAUUCAGGGGCACCCUAGACUGUAAGCCUAGAACCAUGGGAACACACAGGAACCUGUCCAAUCAAACAGGGAGAGGAUUUCAACAAGACUGUAUCAACAAAAAGCAAAAUGUAAUGUCUAGGAAUGCUGUGUUGUACCAGCCUGGGGGUUCAGCAUAUUGUGAGUCAGUCCCUAAACUCAGGGACAGCAGCCCAAAACCUGUACUGUGAAUCAGCAGAAAUCAGCAAAGAUGAUGGGGAGCUACUAGGGGCAUCUUGAGAGGUGCAGAUAUUCCCUGCUAAAGGGUUGUGGGGGCUUUGGGCUGGUACAGAAGCCUAAAAUGAAAGGUGCAGCAUUUCUAGCCUUAGUUUUAGUUCCCCUUUAAGUUGUCUCUUUAAGUCCACUUAAUCAGACACCUGUAAAAUCCGAAUAGUGGAUUAAGGAGGGGGUAUGUACACCAAAUGAUAACAGAAAUGUUUGUUAUUCCUACUAAAUGCCUUGUAUCUUGCCUGGAGUUCUUGUGCUUCUUUGGAGGAGAGCUGGAUCAACAGAAAAAGUCCCUUCUUUUCUUUUUUCUGCAUGAGGAGCGCCCUCUACUGGCUGGGACAAGAUGCAUGUGAACCAUUGUGACAUCUCAGUACUGUGACAUUAACAGUUGCUGUGAAAUUCCCAUUAUCCCACCCACAGUUUACCGGUUAUCAAGGCUGAUGGGAGUUGUAGUUCAGCCAUGUUGGGAUGUGUCACGCACACCAAAUAAAAGGGACCAAUCAAGGACAAAGCUACUGGAACUGGCUAUAUGCUCAUUGUAGAUGGUCUCGUCACUAAGCCUUUAAAUACAAUGGGGCCGUUUCACUAUAGUGUAUAGCUUGGGAGGAAGCUUAAUAUUGUUUUUAAUUCUUUUAUUAAAUAAAUGAUUGUUUCGUCUUAA